UUGACAGAGACACGGGCUCCUUCCGAAGCAGCCGCUAGGGGGCGCCAUGCCCGGCCACCCUCAAGGAGGAUGCCCCGCCAGGCAGAGACAAAGACCACUCACGGGCAUGGACCAGAGGCCGGUGCCCACUUGGGUCAAGCGCUGCCUUACAUGGCUGGAGGAGGACGCGGUGUGUCGGUGUCUCCAAGAUCAGGACGCGUUAACACAAGGGAUCCCACCCAGAAGGGCUCUUGAGAAAGAUGGGGAGACCAAGAUGUCCCGGGGGUGGGUAGCACAGCAAAGGUGGUGGUGGUAAAUCCAGAGCUGACAUCCAAAGCUUGGGUCAGCCGCACCUGACUCCUGGUCCCCUCCCCCUUCGCGGGCGCAACCACACCCAGACAGGCGUGGCUGCCCUGGGUGGCUGUGCGGGGAGGGCUGGCAGAGGUGGCUCUAGAAGAGGGAGGUCGCCUGGGGGGCUCCCAGGGCGAACGUCUGAAACCCUGCUUCCCAGUUUUGAGGAGACCUGAGCAGGUCGGUCCACAGCCAGCUGACCUGAGGCCCUUGGCUGCAGCUCUUGUCCCUGGGGAGCCGGAGGAGGGACGUCCUGGGGGCUGUCAGCCUGGGGCCCCAGCUCUGUGGGCCCUGCCUGCCACCUCUGAGGCUCUCCCCGCCCCCAGGGCCAGGGCCCCUCCCGUCAAAGGAAGUGAGAGGGGGACCGCCACGGUAAGAGGAACUAGGGCUGGGAGCGGAGUGAAGGAGCGGGAGGAAGGCCAUGCCCCAGCCGCCCCCAGGACCCCCCUGAACCUGUACCCUGUCACAGCCCACUCGGGUGCCCCCCAGGAGGCACAGACACCGGCCCCAAAGAAUGGGCAGCAAGGAGCGCUUCCACUGGCAGAGCCACAACGUGAAACAGAGCGGCGUAGAUGACAUGGUACUGCUGCCCCAGAUCACCGAGGACGCCAUCGUGGGCAACCUGCGCAAGCGGUUCAUGGAUGACUACAUCUUUACAUACAUCGGCGCGGUGCUCAUCUCCGUGAACCCCUUCAAGCAGAUGCCCUACUUCACCGACCGCGAGAUUGACCUCUACCAGGGCGCGGCCCAGUACGAGAACCCCCCGCACAUCUACGCCCUGACGGACAACAUGUAUAGGAACAUGCUCAUCGACUCUGAGAACCAGUGCGUCAUCAUCAGUGGUGAGAGCGGAGCCGGGAAGACGGUGGCUGCCAAGUACAUCAUGGGCUACAUCUCCAAGGUGUCUGGCGGGGGUGAGAAGGUCCAGCACGUCAAGGACAUCAUCCUGCAGUCAAACCCCCUGCUCGAGGCCUUUGGCAAUGCCAAGACCGUGCGCAACAACAAUUCCAGCCGCUUUGGCAAGUACUUUGAGAUUCAGUUCAGCCGUGGCGGGGAGCCGGACGGAGGCAAGAUCUCCAACUUCCUGCUGGAGAAGUCCCGCGUGGUCACGCAGAAUGAAAACGAGAGGAACUUCCACAUCUACUACCAGCUGCUGGAAGGGGCCUCCCAGGAGCAGCGGCAGAACCUGGGGCUCAUGACGCCUGACUACUAUUACUACCUUAACCAAUCGGACACCUACAAGGUCGACGGCACAGACGACAGGAGUGACUUCAGCGAAACUCUGAGUGCCAUGCAGGUCAUUGGGAUCCCGCCCAGUGUCCAGCAACUGGUCCUGCAGCUCGUGGCAGGGAUCUUGCACCUGGGGAACAUCAGCUUCUGUGAAGAUGGGAAUUAUGCCCGGGUGGAGAGCGUGGACCUCCUGGCCUUUCCCGCCUACUUGCUGGGCAUCGACAGUGGGCGCCUGCAGGAGAAGCUGACCAGCCGCAAGAUGGACAGCCGCUGGGGUGGGCGCAGUGAGUCCAUCGACGUCACGCUCAAUGUGGAGCAGGCGGCCUACACCCGCGACGCCCUGGCCAAAGGCCUCUAUGCCCGCCUCUUUGACUUCCUGGUGGAGGCCAUCAACCGAGCCAUGCAGAAGCCCCAGGAAGAGUACAGCAUCGGCGUGCUUGACAUCUACGGCUUCGAGAUUUUCCAGAAAAACGGCUUUGAGCAAUUCUGCAUCAACUUUGUCAAUGAGAAGCUGCAGCAGAUCUUCAUCGAGCUCACCCUGAAGGCAGAGCAGGAGGAGUACGUCCAGGAGGGCAUCCGCUGGACCCCUAUCCAGUACUUCAACAACAAAGUCGUCUGCGACCUCAUCGAAAACAAGCUGAACCCGCCAGGCAUCAUGAGCGUGCUGGACGAUGUGUGCGCCACCAUGCACGCCACGGGUGGCGGUGCCGACCAGACACUGCUGCAGAAGCUGCAGGCGGCUGUGGGCACCCACGAGCACUUCAACAGCUGGAGCGCCGGCUUCGUCAUCCACCACUACGCCGGCAGAGUCUCCUAUGAUGUCAGCGGCUUCUGCGAGAGGAACAGGGACGUCCUCUUCACUGACCUCAUAGAGCUGAUGCAGACCAGUGAGCAGGCCUUCCUCCGGAUGCUGUUUCCCGAGAAGCUGGACGUAGACAAGAAGGGCCGCCCCAGCACUGCCGGCUCCAAGAUCAAAAAACAAGCCAACGACCUGGUGGCCACGCUGAAGAGGUGCAUACCCCACUACAUCCGCUGCAUCAAGCCCAACGAGACCAAGAAGCCCCGGGACUGGGAGGAGAGCAGGGUCAAGCACCAGGUGGAGUACCUGGGCCUGAAGGAGAACAUCCGUGUGCGCAGGGCGGGCUUCGCCUACCGCCGCCAGUUUCCCAAGUUCCUGCAGAGGUACGCCAUCCUGACCCCUGAGACAUGGCCGCGGUGGCGUGGGGAUGAACGCCAGGGGAUCCAGCACCUGCUUCGGGCGGUCAACAUGGACCCCGACCAGUACCAGAUGGGGAGCACCAAGGUCUUCAUCAAGAACCCAGAGUCGCUCUUCCUCCUGGAGGAGAUACGAGAGCGGAAGUUCGACGGCUUUGCCCGAAUCAUCCAGAAGGCCUGGCGGCGCCACGUGGCAGUCCGCAAGCACGAGGAGAUGCGGGAGGAAGCCUCCAACAUCCUCCUCAACAAGAAAGAGCGGCGGAGAAACAGCAUCAACCGCAACUUUGUCGGGGACUACUUGGGGCUGGAGGAGCGGCCGGAGCUGCGCCAGUUCCUAGGCAAGAGGGAGCGUGUGGACUUCGCCGACUCGGUCACCAAGUAUGACCGCCGCUUCAAGCCCAUCAAACGCGACUUGAUCCUGACGCCCAAGGCUGUGUACCUCAUUGGGAGGGAGAAAGUGAAGAAGGGACCCGAGAAGGGCCAGGUGCGUGAGGUCCUGAAGAAAAAGCUGGAGAUGCAGGCACUCCGGGGAGUCUCCCUCAGCACGCGACAGGACGAUUUCUUCAUCCUCCAAGAGGACGCGGCCGACAGCUUCCUGGAGAGCAUCUUCAAGACCGAGCUCGUCAGCCUCCUGUGCAAGCGCUUCCAGGAGGUGGCGGGGAAGCCCCUGCCCCUCACCUUCAGCGACACACUACAAUUCCGAGUGAAAAAAGAGGGCUGGGGCGGAGGCGGCACCCGCAGCGUCACCUUCUCCCGCGGCUCCGGCGACUUGGCGGUGCUCAAGGCCAGUGGCCGGUCCCUCACGGUCAGCGUGGGCGACGGGUUGCCCAAGAGCUCCAAGCCUACGCGGAAAGGAAUGGCCCAAGGAAAACCCCGCAGGUCGGGCCCGCACCCCACGCGGGCAGCCCCAGGGCCCCCCAGAGGCCUGGAUCGCAAUGGGGUGGCCCCCUCCGCCAGAGGGGGCCCCCUGCCCAUGGAGAUCACAUCUGGAGGAGGCUCUCAGCGGCCUCCCCGAGGCCCUCCGUCCUCAACUCUGGGGGCCAGCAGACGAACCCGAGCACGGCCACCCUCAGAACACAACACAGAAUUCCUCAACGUGCCAGACCAGGGCGUGGCUGGCAUACAGAGGAAGCGCAGCGUGGGACAGAGGCCUGUGCCUGGCGUGGGCCGACCCAAGCCCCAGCCACGGACCCACGGCCCACGGUGCCGAGCGCUGUACCAGUACAUCGGCCAAGACGUGGAUGAGCUGAGCUUCAGUGUGAACGAAGUCAUAGAGAUCCUCAUGGAAGAUCCCUCGGGCUGGUGGAAAGGCCGGCUGCACGGUCAGGAGGGCCUGUUCCCGGGAAACUAUGUGGAGAAGAUCUGACCUGGGGAGGGGGCUGCAGUUGCGCCCUCCCGCCUGCCCAACGUGCCUGCCUGCCAGAGAGCCGUAUCGCCCUUGGCUGCCCUGGCCAAAAAGGCCAAUCCUACGACCUCCAGCCCAGCUCAGGCCGUGGGGGUCACCGCUGCAGACCCCACCCCACCCCACCCCCGGGCCCUGGCAUCCCUCCCUGCCCAAGUGUCGGUUUCUUCAUGUGUCGAAAGAGGGUACGUGCAGCACCUACCUCCUACCUAGCUGCCUUGUGUGUACAGGCUGAGUCGUGUCCUGGGCUCUCCGCAAGAUGCUGGCCAGGCACAGUCCAUGGCAAGGCAGGUGUCCAGCGAUGCCACUUGCCACCUUCUCUCAUCUCUAAGGCAAUAAACAUCGGCCAGGCGAAAGCACCAACCAUAAGGACUGUUGCUCUCACGACCUUGCAACGCAGGGGCAAUGGGUGCCCCCGUUUUACAGGUGGAAUAAUGGAGGCUGAGAGAGGUUCAGUCACUUAUCCAAGAUACCACAGAGCCAAGCCGUGCCUUCAUAGCAGGGGUCUUCAAAACCAAUUCAUGCAAAACUAGUAUUAUGAAAAAAAUUUAUGUGUGGAUUUUGACUUUUUAUAAUUUUUUGGCACCAAAAUACAUUUAUCUUUAAAUUACAUCUUCCUUGAGCUUUUUGAUCUGCCCCCCCUCUCACCUCACCAAAGUUUGAAUUGGGUCCACUUUCCUUUCCUGAAGCCGCACGUGGCUGGGAAGACAUCCCAGGGAAAGCCGCUGGGCCUCCCCACCCUUGUAUUGGUCUUUACAGAAAAGCAGUCUGCUAGCCGGUGCCGCGGCUCACUAGGCUAAUCCUCUGCCUUGCAGCACUGGCACACCGGGUUCUAGUCCCGGUCGGGGCGCCGGAUUCUGUCCCGGUUGCCCCUCUUCCAGGCCAGCUCUCUGCUGUGGCCAGGGAGUGCAGUGGAGGAUGGCCCAAGUGCUUGGGCCCUGCACCCCAUAGGAGACCAGGAGAAGUACCUGGCUCCUGCCAUCGGAUCAGCGCGGUGCGCCAGCCGCAGCGACCAUUGGAGGGUGAACCAACGGCAAAAAGGAAGACCUUUCUCUCUGUCUCUCUCUCUCUCUCACUAUCUACUCUGCCUGUCAAAAAAAAAUAAUAAUAAAAAAUAGAAAAAACUGCUGAGCCAAAGAGCUACCCUGGUGUGA